AUGCCACGAUUAACAGUAUUAACUUUAGCCAGUGGCAUUUUGACUAUAGCAGCUGCACAGUCGUCCACCACCAGCGGUGUAACAUCGUUCUUCUUUCCUCUGGCAGACCAGCAACCACUGGUAGCAUCAGUCGUUGCAGCAGAUUCUACUGCCAACACGCUCGUCGUGCAAUGCGUGUCUGACCUCGGCGACCUCGAAUGUGGCUUCCCUGCACCUAUCACCAUUACCGCAGGCCCCAGCACUCUCCAUGUGAACCCAACAGGCAUAUACCAAGCUCUCGGUGAGCUAGACUGCCAGCUCACAGGGACUCCGGACGCAGUUUGCGCUAUAACUGCGCCAAUUUACGAUCCCGAAUAUUUGGCGAUGGUGGCGGAUGAGGAUUUUCCGACUGAGCCUGCGACUAGCAGCUCAACCACGACGGUGUCUGGGCUUGAACUUCAAAUCACCGAUUACUAUGUUACUGUCACCAUCACGGCUGGGGAGUUGGGCCUGCUUGACACGUCGACCAGUCCAACUGCAACGGGAAGUACGAACGGAACUGAAAGCACAUCAGGAACUGCGAGCAGAACUAGCAGAAGCAUCACUACCGGAAGUGCAACAGGCUCCUCGUCUGCAGGACCGGCUUCUGCAACUGGUAAUAUUGCUGCUAGGUUGUCUGGAGUUAUGUUUUCAGGUGUCGCGGCGGGUAUGAUGGUGGUGCCUCUGUUUCUGUUAUAG